CAGUCAAGGUGUUGUUGUUCAGUCUGUAGAGGUCUGUGCGUCCCUCCAUGGAUAUGCCUCCCCAGACCAUCACUGACCCACCACCAAACCGGUCAUGCUGAACAAUGUUCCAGGCAGCAUAACGUUCUCCAUGGAGGAUGUUGGGCCCUCAAGUCAUCCUCAUGAAGUCUGUCUCUGACCAAACAAUCAGAAACAUUCACACCAGUGGCCUGCUGGAGGUCAUGUUGUAGGGCUGUGGUAGUGCUCAUCCUGUUCCUCCUUGCACAAAGGAGCAGAUACUCCUGCUGAUGGGUUAAGGACCUUCUUCUGCCCUGUCCAGCUCUCCUUGAGUAUCUGUCUGUCUCCUGGAAUCUCCUCCAUGCCCUUGAGACUGUGCUGGGAGACACAGCAAACCUUCUGGCAAUGGCACAUAUUGAUGCACCAUCCUGGAGGAGUUGGACUAUCUGUGCAACCUCUGUAGGGUCCAGGUAUCGCCUCACGCUACCAGUAGUGACACUGACCGUCGCCAAAUGCAAAACUAGUGAAAAAACCAUCAGAAAAGGUGAGGAGGGAAAAAUGCCAGUGGCCUCCACCUGUUAAAUCAUUCCUGUUUUGGGGGUCAUCUCAUUGUUGCCCCUCUAGUUCACCUGUUGAUAAUUUCAUUAACACCAAAGCAGCUGAAACUGAUUAACAACCCCCUCCGCUACUUAACUGACCAGAUCAAUAUCCCAGAACUUUAAUAGACUUGAUGCUGAUCGAGGUCAGACUCAUAUUCCAUAGGAGUCAAAAUAUGGCAAUUUAUAUUUGCAUAUUAAACAACUGAAACGAUCACGAUUCGCAUGUAAAGUGCAACGUGAAGAAAUGUGUCACAUUAGAUUCCACAGGGGGCAUGAAGAAGGUAUUAAUGUAGGGAAGAGGGAAGCCUGGAUAGCAAGGCUGAUGUGAAGUUUAACUGACUAAUCUGGAGGCAGUCAAGGAGGUAAGAAGCUCCUCUGCAGUUUUGUCAGUUUGUACUGUUUUUUGUCAAUUUGUAUUGAAUGUCUAUGUAUGAAUGUAGUAUAUUUAUACGUCUAAAUCAAGUACCUUUUAAGUAUUCGAGUUUUUUUUUGUUUAACAUUACCAAUUCACCUAAAGGCACGCUUUAGUACUGAAGGAAGAAACCUGCGUGACAUGAGCGUAGAAACACGCAGACAGCAAAUGGCAUGAAUCAAACCACAUCCUUGGAGCAGUCAGGCGGUCAGACAGCAACGCCACCCUGCCAUCCACUUCCUGUAACUGAUGCACGAAUACUGAGUCACCCCUCCAUAUAAAUGCAUGUCACCUUAAGUUCUAAAUUGUUCUCCCUGUUUUGCAUUUCACUAAUCAAGAUGAAACUCAUUGUCAGUCUCGUCAUCGCCUGUGUGCUCGUCAAUAAAGUGUGCUCACUUCAGUGCUAUGAAUGUGUGGGGAAAGGAUGCUCCCCGAAACAAGUAACCUGCCCAUCUGGACAGAACUGUGGGAGCACAUAUGAGCGUGUCAUCAGUGGACAGCGAAAUUCAUUUGAAUUUCAAAGGCGCUGUGUGCAACCUAAGGAGUGUGUUUCUGGCUCACUGAAUUUAGGAUUUAACAGGAUUGAAAUUACCAACACAUGCUGUACUACUGACUUCUGCAAUGCUGAUACUGCUCCUGGUUUUAGUAGCCAAUUCUUCAAUGGGAAGAAAUGCUUCACAUGUUCUGGCAAAGAUUGUACAUCAAUGGUCAGAUGUCAGGGAGACGAAAACAGUUGUGUAAAAAUGACAGGGAUUGGUGAAGGCUAUGUUGCAAUGUCGAAAGGAUGCAUUUCCAGUAGUCUGUGUACUGGAGCUGAUAUCUUUCCAGUGCACACAAAUGAUGGCAGAACCACCUAUGACUGCUGUAAAGGAGACCUGUGUAACGCAGCUCACAGUCAGGCUGGGCUGAGUUUACUGCUGCUGCUGCCUCUGGCCGGUUUCAGCCUCUUCCACUGAAUGGAAAUUAACUGGUGUAUUUAGAUCUGAUGUUUCUUAAUUUUUAUAGUAAUAUUAUGUAUUUUUCGGUGUUCGAUUGUAUAAUCAUUUGUAUAAUCAAUUAUUUUGAACAAUUUUCUGUAAAAUCUUUCUGUAACAAUUGAAUGAACAGACAUUUGUCACCAUUCUGAGCUCACAGUGAUCAGGAUAUAGGCGUGUGUGUGGUUUUCCUGUUUAUUCUGCAAUGUUGUGUGUGCUAAGGAUCAGUUGAUGCAUUAAAGUAAUUGAGAGAUCUA